AUGGCUGCCUCAUCCUCUCUCUGCAACUUGUUCUCCUUCCUCAAUCCCUCAAAGCUACCAUCACAACCCAAAACCCCACCAACCCAGCUCGCUAUUUUACAGACCCAGAAGACCAGAGAUGGGGUGGCCCCACUGAUGGCUCAAGGGGGUCCCUCUGCUUAUGGCCCUUCUUCUUCUUCUUCUUCUUCUUUAGAGUCUGUGAUAUGCCCCCCUCUGGCUUAUGCCAACACCCUCUUCUUUAAGUCGGCCUACAAUGUGCAAGUUAUUGUGGACGACAACGAACCCGAGGAGAGGCUGCUCAACAGAUUCAGGAGAGAGGUCAUGAGGGCCGGUGUUAUUCAAGAAACUAAGAGGAGGAGGUACUUUGAGAACAAGCAGGACGAGAAGAAGCGCAGGACGCGUGACGCUGCUAAGCGCAACAAAAGAAGCCGGCGUCCCUUUUCAAGACCUUUUCAGCAGAAGCCAGAAGUCCCUGAAACCAAGAAGAGCGAUGAUGACGGCGAUAACUGGGAUCUACCUCAAGGAGACAUACCCUAUUGA